AAUUGGGGCACACAUGUUUUCUCAGCGUGUCUCUGUAACUAAGCUGCCCGGUCUCGUGUGAUCUAUGAAGCAGGUACUUGAGGAGAACUAUUGGCAGGUGCUUUGGUCCAAUCAGCUCUCUCCAUGUGCAGCGUCAAGCCGCAUGGAAGCUUGGAGGCGCUUUACUUGGAUGCGCACUUGUGCACAGAAACCCACCGAGUGCGCACAGACUCCAUGGAUCAAGGCAAUUUGCAGCACUGUUGAGUUUUGUAGCAGCAUCUCCAGUGGACAGGCUUGUGUAGGCAAAAAACCUCCACGCACCCUCCAUCUUUGAUCACCAUGCAUCUCUGAGAGAGGGGGGGUUAUCUUUUCCAGCAAGAGGAAGGAAAACGACUGAUCACUUUGCUUUGGUGUUUGGUUUCUACUUCUUUCAAGAGAUGAUGUUUUCGUCUGCAGGCAAGCGCUGCUUCACGAUAGAGUCUCUGGUCGCCAAGGAGAACCCUCUAACAGCCGAGGAUCCCAUCCGCCCGACGGCUUUAAGUUACUCCAACCCGACGACAGAUGCCUUAAUGAACGGUUACCAGGCUCCACCGGCCAGGUCCCUCUACCAGAGCCCGGACCUAGUGUUCCCGGAGACGGUAAACCACCCCUCCCUCACCGUGGCUCCUCACCAGCUCGGAGGCUCCCACCUACAGCAUCCGCACUUCUUCGGGACGCAACACCGAGACCCGCUCAACUUCUAUCCCUGGGUCCUACGGAACAGGUUUUUCGGACACAGAUUUCAAGGUAACGACGUGUCCCAGGACAGCCUGCUCCUCCACGGUCCUUUCGCCAGGAAACCCAAACGCAUCCGGACGGCCUUCUCUCCCUCCCAGCUCCUCCGUCUGGAAAGAGCCUUCGAGAAGAACCACUACGUGGUGGGAGCAGAGAGGAAGCAGCUCGCGAACAGCUUAAGUUUAUCUGAAACACAGGUGAAGGUGUGGUUCCAGAACAGGCGGACCAAGUACAAGAGACAGAAGCUGGAGGAGGAGGGACCAGACAGCCAGCAGAAGAAGAAGGGAAACCACCACAUCAACAGAUGGCGGAUCGCCACCAAGCAGUCCAGCUCUGAGGACAUUGAUGUGACCUCAGAGGACUAAAACCUCGGUCCAACCUCCAACAAUGCUGUGCUGAACCAGGCGUCCCCUCCUGACGCAUCAGAGGACCAACACUAUUUAUUAUGUAAUAUUAUUAAGUAUAAUUAGACCCAUUAGAGGAAGACACACAUGGACUAAAUAUGUGAUAUCACCACACAUCUCUUCAUCGAGGUGCUAUACUCAGUGACACUGGAAGAAAAAAAACAUCUUAUUUAAUGACAUUCAUCUUGAAUGAUUCUGGAUGAGAAGAGAUCACUCCAUCAUUUAAUGAUCUUUGGUGUGUGAAAACCAAAGAUGAAGAGAAACAACGUCAACCUCUAUCAUAGUGUUUGUUUUUUUGGAAAUUGUACAUAGGCCACUUAUAAAAGUUUGUUUUUGAAAGAGGCUAUUUGUUUCAUUAAAGCUGUUUUUACCACCUGCUUAGGUCAUUAACACCUCAUUGCUCACCCCACCCCCUCUGCCUCAUGUGCACCAUGUUAAUUAGAAUUUCUCCUCAAUGAUGAGAAUGCGUUGUCGCGCACUUUUCAUCCACCUAGCGAGUCGGAGAACAGGCUGGUGACUGGCCAGAAGAACAAAACAGGAAAUUAACCAUGUGUCAAAGAAAAAACUCUGUCUGUCUCUGCAUGAUUUGAACUUUUGUGACUUGAGAGCCAUUCCAGCCGCUCUGUUAAGCUUCCUAAUGAAGAUUCUCCACAGAGAGGCGAUUCAUGGCCAGCUGUGCAUGACUCUGGGACAGAUGAGAAGCUGCAGAGACCUCUGGUGUUAAGGGGCGAGUUGUGCCACAUAAUAAAAGCAAGUUCAUAGCUAUGUGCUUCAUCUGCCAUACCACAUUUGUCACUGAUGGAUGACAUCUCCAUUUAACGUCUGCAGAUUUCAUUAAGCACAGUAUGUAGUAUAAAACAUAUAUGAGAACAUACUUUUCAAGCAGAAUGUGUAAUUACAAAAAGAUGUUUUAGAAAUAAAAACAAAAACUAUU